CCUCCUCCUCCUCCUCCUCCUCCUCCUCCUCCUCCUCCUCCUCCUCUUCCUCUUCCUCUUCCUCCUGCUGACAGCUCUCAGCAACAACAACUUUGAAUCUGCAGGGACAGAGCGACCCAACACAAACCCACAAGGGUCAGGACAGUCUACGUGGACGUCAUCAUGGAGUUUGAUCGAUUUGGGAUAGAGGAUGAGGAUGAUGAAGACGAUGCAGCCACUCAGUACAUGAUUGAACAGAGUCUGCUGGACAGCAGCAAACAUAAGGAGACAAACAAAGAGGAGACGGCACGACACAGCAGCUCUGGUCCUGGGGCCGCCGACAUCACCAAGGUGUUCACUGCUAUCAGACAAGGGGACGAGAAGCUGCUGAAGGAUUUAUGUGUCCGACAAAAAUACACGUUUUUACAGACAGAUGAUAGAGGCUGGAUGCCUCUCCAUGAAGCAGCAGCUCAGAGCAACCAAACCAUCCUAGAGCUCACAUUUAAAGCUUCAGGCCCAGACUCCAUGGAGUGUCGUACUCUCUGUGGUCAGACUCCUCUCUUCAUGGCAGUGGAACAAGGUCUGAUAGAAAAUGCCUCCUUCCUGCUCAAACAUGGAGCCCAGCCGGACAGCCAGGACAACAACCAGGACGCCCCACUAUUUGCAGCCAUCCGUUCAGACCGCACCGACCUGGUGAAGCUGCUGCUCCUGCGGGGCUCCAGGGUGAACCAGGAGGGCUGCCAUGGCCGCUGCCCCCUCCACGAGGCCUCACGACUGGGCAGAGUGGGACUGGUCACCAUGCUGUUGGAGGCCGGAGCACGACCGGACCCCCGCAGCCACUACGGCCUCACACCGCUGGCACUGGCUGCUCAGGGGGGACACCUGGAGGUGGUGGAGAUCCUCCUGAAGAGAGGGGCGGAUGUCUUGUCUCAGGCCCAGGAUGAGGCAUCCAUCUUGUUCGAAGCGUCUGCGUCUGGAGAUCCGGCCGUCAUCAAGCUGCUGCUGGAAUAUGGCGCCGACGCCAACAUUGCCAAACACUCGGGACACAUGCCGAUCCACCGAGUCGCACACCAAGGACACCUGCAGGCUCUGCAGCUGCUGCUUCCAGUCACCUCUAUGUCUGAUGUAAAUGACAGUGGAAUGAGUCCUCUUCACUCAGCUGCUGCAGGAGGACACACAAACUGCAUCAAGGUCUUGCUGGAUGCAGGUUAUGACCCCAACUACAUGCUCCAUCCUUGGGUUCGCCGUAACUAUGACGAUGAGAGGAAGUCGGCUCUCUUCUUUGCCGUCACCAAUAACGACGUGCCGACAGCAAAGCUGCUGCUGGAGGCCGGAGCUAUGGCUAACCAAGACCCAGUCAAAUGUCUGCAGGUUGCACUGCGUCUCGGUAACUACGAGUUGAUCAACGUGUUGCUGCGAUACGGAGCCAACGUCAACUAUUACUGCAGAGUAAACACGACACACUUCCCCUCAGCGCUGCAGUACGCUCUCAAAGACGAUGUGGUUCUCAGGAUGCUGUGUAGCUAUGGUUAUGACGUGAACCGCUGCUUUGACUGUCCCUAUGGCAACAGUGCCCACAUCCCUGAAGGCUACGAGGGAUGGAGCAACAGUGUGAUCAAAGACACGAUGUUCUGUGAGGUGAUCUCCGUCUCCUGGCUCAAACACCUGUCGGGUCACGUGGUUCGCAUCCUGCUGGACUACAUGGACCACGUGACCCUGUGCUCCAAACUGAAGGCAGCUGUGAUGGAGCAGAAGCAGUGGCCUGAAAUCUGCAGACUGCAAGAAAACGCCCGCUGCCUGCAGCAUCUCUGUCGCCUCCGAAUCCGCCGGUGUCUCGGUCGCCUUCGUCUGCGGUCGCCUGUCUUCAUCAGCUUCCUGCCGCUCCCACCCAGGCUGAAAGACUACAUCCUGUAUCGAGAGUACGACCUGUGGGGCCGCCAGAGCUGCACGCCAGGCUGACAGCAGAAAACAUCGGACAGAAUUCAUUUGAAGAGUUAGCUAGUUAGCAUAUGUAGAUACUAUGUAGAAUGUGCCAGGUUUACUGUCCUGUCAUUCUGUGUACAAACACAAGUCCUUUUUUCAGCACACACACACAAAACAGACAGCUGAAUUUGGCAAGUAAAGUUUAUUGGAUUAAAAUUUCUUACCCUGUC